AAAACACUAGCCACUUUUUGGUGUCCCUCUGGUCGUCUCUACCAACCUGGUCACCAAGAAUCACAGAUUGUCCAUGACGGCCUAAUCCCUACGGCCCAGUCACACAUAUCUCUCUGUGUGUGUGUGUAUAUAUAUAUAUAUUAUUUACACAUACCAAAUCUAUGCAUAGUGAUAGUGUGAAAGAACAAGGAGGAGAAGCCAUGGGAAGUGUUGAAACUCCGCUUCUGAUACACAGCGCCAGUGAGGAAGAGGAGAAGAAUGUUGGCUUCUUUAGACGGUUCGGCGGGGAGUCGAGGAAGCUGUGGAAGCUUGCUGGCCCUGCAAUUUUCACCGCCAUAUGUCAGUACUCGCUCGGUGCACUCACUCAGACCUUUGCCGGCCUCGUCGGCGAGGUGGAGCUGGCCGCCGUCUCCGUCGAGAACUCCGUCAUCGCCGGCCUUGCUUUUGGGGUCAUGUUGGGAAUGGGGAGUGCAUUGGAGACGCUGUGUGGGCAAGCAUUCGGUGCGGGGGAGAUCAGAAUGUUGGGUGUGUACAUGCAGAGAUCAUGGGUCAUCUUGUUGACCACUGCUUGUAUUUUGGUUCCCGUCUAUGUCUUCUCUCCUCCCAUCCUCGAGGUCAUUGGAGAGACCACUCAAAUCUCCGAAGCUGCCGGUCAAUUUGCAAUUUGGAUGCUUCCACAAUUGUUUGCGUAUGCCAUGAACUUUCCGAUACAGAAAUUCUUGCAAGCGCAGAGGAAAGUGAUGGUGAUGGCUUGGGUGUCAGCUGUGGUGCUGGUGUUGCAUGCAUUAUUUAGCUGGCUGGUGAUAUUGAAGCUUGAUUGGGGCUUGGUUGGGGCAGCAAUUACUUUGAACACCUCAUGGUGGCUCAUAGUUAUUGGGCAGUUGUUAUACAUUUUUAUCACCAAAUCAGAUGGUGCUUGGAGUGGCUUCUCAUGGUUAGCAUUUGCUGACUUGUGGGGCUUUGUCAAGCUUUCUCUGGCUUCUGCAGUUAUGUUAUGCUUGGAAUUCUGGUACCUCAUGAUACUGGUGGUGAUUACAGGUCGUUUGGCGAACCCUCUGAUUCCGGUUGAUGCCAUCUCGAUUUGCAUGAACAUUAAUGGAUGGGACGCGAUGAUCGCGCUAGGAUUUAAUGCUGCCAUAAGUGUGAGGGUGUCGAAUGAACUUGGAGCUGGUCACGCUCGCACAGCAAAAUUUUCAGUGCUGGUGGUUUCCAUCACGUCCGUGUCCAUAGGAGUUGUUUGUAUGGCCAUUGUGUUGGCAACAAGAGAUUACUUCCCAUACCUUUUCACCACCAGCGUGGACGUUGCUACUGAAACUACGAAACUUGCAUUGUUGCUGGGAAUUACGGUUCUUUUAAACAGCCUUCAACCGGUCUUAUCUGGGGUUGCUGUUGGAGCUGGAUGGCAGUCUCUUGUUGCAUACAUCAACAUUGGGUGUUAUUAUAUCAUUGGAUUGCCUGCCGGAAUAAUCUUGGGAUUCACAUUUGAUUUUGGCGCCAUGGGAAUUUGGAGUGGGAUGAUUGGAGGAAUUUGUUUGCAGACCAUUAUCCUAGUUGUGGUCACGAAAUUCACAAACUGGAGAAAAGAAGCUAAUGAAGCUGAAAGCCGUGUUAAGAGAUGGGGAGGAGGUGUCUCACACCCUGACUAAAGUUGGAGAUUCGAAGGAAAGGGUGUAUUUGGCAGAGACCAUGAGAAAACGUCGGAAAGGGAUGAAUUGAACUCUCAGAACCCUGAUUUUCUCCGAAAUGUCUAACCAGGCCUCGUAAUGGAGAUGUAGCAAGUGAUCCGGUUUCGGUUCUGUAAACUUGCUGGUGUCUCCUGUUGAGCUUAUUAGGCUGUUG